GUUGACAGUGUCAACCAACGUCAAACAUCUAAAUAUGUAUGAAACCAUAUGAAACAUAUUUGUAGUUUGUACCUUUAUAAUAUAAUUUCCUGUUCAUAUUUAUUAAUCUAAAACAAAAAUAUUAAUUAGAAUCAAUUAUAUAAGGGAUUUAUGGCAUUCAUGAAUAAUGCGAAACCUGAAAUGUAAAUGUGGACUGUAAUCUAAACGUCUUGAAGAAAAUCCUGUUCGUCAUUCAAAUAAAAUGGAUAAUAAACCGUCAUUGAGUCAAUAUUUCGGAGGAUCAGAGAUACCACCAGCUUCUCAGUUCUUCGACGAAAUCGGAACAUCGCCAUCAGAUAUGAUACAAAGCGUUUAUUUAGGUGAAAGCGAAGGGUCUCGAACAACAGCACCCAGUGUUUUCACGUCAAGUACGUCAGCAACAUUUUCUCAACCGUCCACUCUUGAUGAAGUCACUUUUUCAAAUGUUGUACCCACUGUGAGUGGGACCACAUCUCUACCUGCCACCAGCUUGCCUGAUCCAUCAACGUUUUUCGAUACAAUCGGCCCUGAACCUACUAUAGGGCUGACAAAACCUGUAACAACUACAGCACUGACUGAUGCUAUGGACGGAUUGAGUAUUAAGAAUCAACCUGUAGACAAAGAUGCAGAAAGAAGACGGGACGCUUGGAUACCCAAUGAAGAAGCCAAGAAGACAUUGAUGAAGGCACAAUCGUCACCUAAAGGUUCAUUUUUCCCUGAGAGAGAAGUGUUGACCAUGCCAGGAUUGGUGCUUGAAGAAGAACUGGCGGACGCGUUACAAGAGGUGGCGGUGAAGUACCUGGGCGUGAGCUGCGCGGGCAGCCGCGGGGUGGUGCGCGCCGACCACGUGACCCGGGACGAGCCCGGCCUCCGCGAGCUCAUCCGCACCGGGUACUUCAGGGCGGCCGUCAACCUCACCGCGGUGCUCAUCAGCGCCGCCGGACAGGGCGUGGGACGGAUGCACAGACCCACGAAGCACACGCCGCGCUCCCUCCAGCUCUGGUUGACGAGGUUCUCCCUGAUGCUGAGGAUCAAGCUACAUGAACCCCUGAUCAGGGAGGCGGAGCAGUUCGGCGACUGCACCAAACCCGACAUGUUUUACCAGUUCUACCCGGAGUCUUACGAGAACCGUCCGGGAUCCCUCGUUCCUUUCUCGCUGAGGCUACUCCUGGCCGAGAUACCGGGGCACGUGGGCAAGCCGGACGAGUCCAUGGACAGACUAUACGCGAUGCUCGAUAUUAUACAGCAGAUGCUGUCGAAUCUCCGCGACGGAAAGACCGAGGACGGCUCUGGUCUCCUCUCGUCGGAGCAGGAUAAGGCGGAGUCGAUACGUUUGUGGAUGGGGAGGGAGACGAGGGUGUAUCAUUCGAUCGUCAACUGCGCUAUAGCCCUGAAGGAUUACAGGCACGCUUCCAACGUGCUGUCCUCGUUGGAACAGGCGUGCAGCACGGCCGGUCAGAAGCGAGCCGUGUGCAGCGCGCUAUGCCGCCUCGCGCUGCUGGCCGGGCACGUGACGGCCGCACGUGCGCACUGCCGCCGCGCCACCGAGAACCGGACGCACGUAUGUCCGACGCCCGACGUGCGCGAGUACGUGGACCUCGGGCUGGUGGCGAUGGCUCAGGGGAAGUACGAAGACGCCUACAACGACUUCGUGAGGGCGGCCGACCAGGAACCCACGAACAUUAUGGUCGCGAACAACAUCUCCGUGUGCCUGUUGUACAUGGGUCGCCUGAAGGAGGCCAUAUCGGUGCUGCAGAAGGCGAUAAAGAGUGACCCGGAACGCGGCCUCAACGAGAGCCUCCUCGUCAACCUGUGCACGCUUUACGAACUGGAGUCGUCCAAGACGAACGAGAAAAAGCUCAAUCUGUUGCGGAUGCUGUGCAAGUACAAGAGCGACACGAUACCGAACGUUCUCGAAUGUCUGAAGCUCGCGUAGGCUCUGCGGCUAGCAGUGAACACGUAAGCUCAACUAAAGACUUCGUCAAACAGGUGGCUUGGCUCGAUAGGCAACGGCUUGGCUUUGUCCCUGGUAUUUCUGAAGUCCAUGGGCGACGGUAACCACUCACCAUCAGGUGGGCCGUAUGCUCGUCUGCCUACAAGGGCAAUAAAUACAAAAUGAAAAAAAAUUAUACACAUUCACUAGGACUCUAAAAUGAAAUUUGAAAAAAAUUACAACGCCUAACGUCAAAGCGCCCUAACGCCGCGACAUAGCGUUGCGUACUUACAGCGCUGGCGCUCUUUUUUUUUUUAUAAGGGAUUUUAUGGCCCGGUAACUAAGACCUUUAAGUCAUAUCUUAUUUUAAUUUAUAUUCACAUAUUUUUAUGAAAAAUGAUAUUAUGCAGUGUAAUGAAAUGAAGAAGCGCUGGCGCUCUGUAUGACAGUUUGUUACCAUAAUAGUACAACACAUCUCGGCGUCAUAGCGUGGCGUCAGUUUAGCGUUCUGACGCGCGCUAAGUACGCGUUCUGUUUGACGAAGCCUUUAUUCAUAGCGUUAAAGCGAAUAGUGAUGAGCUAGAAACGGGAUGAUGUUCCGCUGAGUGAGACGUCAUAUGUGUGCCACGGUCAAUUCGAUAUAUGAGUCGUCUAUUAUCAAAGGUGGCAAUCUGUGCAUUUGGACAAAAAAAUGUUAUUGAUAUAUCAAUACAGAUUGAUUUGAAUAUAAUCGUCUCCUUCAAAGAAUACGGUUCAAAACCUGCAUUAAAUAAAGGUUAAUAGUUAACCUGUUAUUUAUCUAAGAUGUCGUUCCGAAGAGUUUUGUGACUGCCAAUGGAAUACAAAGUCAAUAAUUCGUUUUUCUGAUUUACCAAUAAUUGUCCAAAAGUCAGAUUGCCGCCUUUGAUAAUAGUCGACUCAUAUGUGUGCUUAGUGCGAGUUUUUUAACAUUCUCGAUAUUUAGAAGUCGUCGCGGCCUAAAGGAUAAGACGUCCGGUGCAUUCGUGUUGAAGCGAUGCAACGGUGUUCGAAUCCCGCAGGCGGGUAUCAAUUUUUGUAAUGAAAUACGUACUUGACAAAUGUUCACGAUUGACUUUCACGGUGAAGGAAUAACAUCGUGUAAUAAAAAUCAAACCGCAAAAUUGUAAUUUACGUAAUUACUGGUGGCAGGACCUCUUGUGAGUCCGCACGGGUAGGUACGCAUUUCUGCCGUGAAGCAGUAAUGCGUUUCGGUUUGAAGGGUGGGGCAGCCGUUGUAACUAUACUGAGACCUUAGAAAUUAUAUCUCAAGAUGGGAGGCGCAACAUAAAUAUGUUGUAGAUGUCUAUUAGCUCCAAUAACCACUUAACACCAGGUGGGCUAUGAGCUCGUCUAUACAUUUAAGCAAUAAAAAAAAACGCAAAAGUUAACUCAAAUUUGUAUGGAGUUAGAACGUUUUCCUACGUUUGCCGCUAGGGGCGCUGUUCGUGUUAACUUUUACGCUAUCGAGAACGUUAAAAAACUCGCACUAAGCACACUGAACUAUGCGCUUAGCUUUUAAGCUCGUAAUGGCAGUUGAAACGGUGAACUUUCUAGAAAUUUUCCAAAAUCAAAAAAUUGUUCGCUUCGAGUUUCUCCGGAAACCUUCUAUUACAAUGUCACUGUCUGUUUGCCUCUUCCCCGAGGCUUAUAUUAAAUUUUCAAAUAACAUAUUUAAAGAAAUAUUUAUAUAAAAAAAAUGUGAGCCGUCACGGGACGCCUGGCAGAUGUGAAACAUCGACAUUAUUUUGUAAAAGUAAUAUGCAGAAAAGAACAGAUCGUGAUAGGAACUAAAUGAUAAAAUAAAAUAUUACGAAAAAAUAAUUUGUUUUUAAGUAAAACACAGGUUAUGUGUACUGCUGUAGUAAACAACACUGUAUACACUACGGAGUAUACACUAUAGGUAUCCGAGCUCAGUGUAGCGAGAGAGAUGGCUUAACGCCGGAUCGAGUGGGAGAGAAUCGCACAGUCGAUUGCGCAUGGCGACGCGUCGCCACGGCACGCGUCGCCACGCCAGAAAUCGGUUUUACGUGCGGCUAUAGAUGUUUCACAUCAAAACAUUCAUACGUGGCAACACUGUUCGCUUUUUUAAAUUGCAAUUGUCGAAGUUCAAAUAUUUCUUGAUUGUACUUGAAUAUCUCCAAAUGACAACGUAAUUAUUUAUGCUCUUUAUGUUAAUUACAGUGGUUACUGGUAAUUAGUGGUAAUGCAAUUCAAAUAUUUAGUUACGAGUGUAGAGAUAGCACGCUACGACGUCUAUGGUUCAAGUUUUUGAAGUGAACACUUCUUUAGCAUCGUUGUGAUUCGCAAGUCAAUGAAACGAAAAAGCGACACUAAAAAGAGAUAGAAACAUAAAUUCAUAAGAUUUAACGUGAGAGAAAAUGAGAUAGGAAGCAUUCAUUAUACAGUGUUUCUUAUCUUCUUGGUUUUCUUUGUGCCCUGCUUCGUAACUAAUAUUCGCACUUAAUACAUUCUGAAUAAAUCUAUGUAAUAUAUAAUAAAUAAAUAAAUAAUAAAAUGUAAAAUAAUUAUCAAA